AUGCCUCAAGAUAUGCCCCCCCGGGGCGGGUACGAGCCCGUCCAGUACAAGCGAAACCUCCCCGCCAAGGGCUUCCGACCGGGCAUCAUGCUUCUCGGCAUGGGCGCCGUCAUGGGCUACGGCUGGUACAAGCUGAUUGGCGGCAUCCGAGAGGCCAAUGAGCUCGCCCGCGAGAAGAUGUGGGCGCGAAUCCAUCUGAUCCCCCUCCUGCAGGCCGAAGAGGACCGCGACCAGGUGCGACGAUACCUGGCCGACCAGAAGCGUGAGAAGGAGCUGCUGGGCGAGAACACAAAGGUCUACAACAGCGACAGGUUUGUGCGGCCGACGUUUGCCGUGGCUCCGGCUCCCUCGAAGUAA